AUACAUAUCUGAGCCGACUGCAUUUAAAAAGGGCUAAAAACUGCUCUGGCCCAAAUCUGUAAAACGGAUUUGAGCCAACACUGUUUUGACAGAGACUACCUGAUGUGGACCACAUCCGAAAUACUUUUCUCAAACUGUGUGAAGAACUCCGUGGAAUAAACAUUUUCAUUUCUACAUUUUUUUUCUAUCUAGAGCAUGAGAUAAAUGCAUUGUCAUUAAGCUGAGCAAUAUUAUCAGUGUUUAAAAACUAUACAGCAACAUUUUGUGAUGCUAUCCACACUAUUCCUUCACCCCACUGGGAUUAAUUUAACUAUUUUACUUCUAACCGGAAGUUUCACCCACAUUAAUUUCUACAGCAGCACCCCCAGGAAUAAGGUGGAAUUAAUUACAGUACAGGUCCGUUUGAGCUCCGUUUUAGGUUCGUUUUACGACAGCGCCAAGUGAACGUUGGGUCUCGCUUGACUGUCGUCUUGCAGGUACGGUUCACAUCCGUACUACGGACUUCAGCCAGAAGCGCCAAAAAAAAAAAAGAUCAUCAAACCAACUGUCAACGCAGAAUUAUCUGACCAGCUACGCUACCACACAUGCUGAAAACAUGAUGCAAACUGUUGAGACGAAGACAUUUUGUGGAGUAAUUUUCCUCGACGAGGACACUACAGAAGUUGUGCCGAGGUCAUGGGUUAAAGGUGAUGAAUGUUUUUGGCCAACAUUCAUUUCUGAGGAAAAAACCCAAAAGGCCAUAAAGAGACAUGAAAUGCCAGGCCCUGGCUGGAAAAUCUUCAGAAUAAGAACACUCUUUGAAAAAGUAGAUGACUUCAGUAAGGCAAGGCAAAAGCUGAAGGACUACAACAGAAAUGGAACGGCAGUCCUCCAGUCAGAGGAAGAGGGCUCAAUGACAAAAAGGAGAAGAAAAGCGACACGUUACCCAGGAUUUGAAAACGGAAGUACUGACUCUGAACCUGAGCAGACUCCAAAAAGAAGACCAGAGUCUCGGCCUCAGCCUCUCCCUAUUAGCGCUACCCUUCCUAGUCUCCCUCCAGCCCCCCUCUUGGACAUCGCAGUGGACAUGGGUCAGAAGUCUCUGGACAACACAGGACAGGGAACCUAUACAGACAUAAGCUGGAAUGUGAGGAGGGAGUCAGACCACUUAAAUGUAAUCAAUAGCUCAGCGCACCAGUCAACACCACCACCACCUCAACACUUGAGUCCAGGGUUUGACAUUAAUAUGGACUUCCCCUAUUCACAUGCUAGCAUUGGUGGAGAGCCUGGAGGUCACCUCCUCUUUAAGCCAACCUUCAGAGUUGGCCAUGAAACAGGACCAAUUCCUUGCACACCGGCUCAGCUACAUGGCCUAUUGCUUUUGGAAAACCUAAAGCAGCAAGUUGCCCAACUCGCCACCACCGUGAACCUGCUCAUGGCCAAGGUCAAUAACGGCCUCCAACCAGCAGCCUUUGAGUGGUCCGGAGAAUUUCAAUUCCCCCUGGAAUCAGAUGCAGAGCUGGACCGCUUUGAGGCCUGGCUGGUGGACCCUGCCAAUGAUAGGCAGAAACAUGCCCUUGUGUCUACCCUGUCUGCUGUUGGGGGUGUAGAUUUGAAGAGGGUGACAUGGAACAUUCUGUCAUACCUGUUUUCUUGCCCCCUUUCCCGAACAAUUAAUUGGAAGGGUGUGAACAAGAAGAGGGCCUUCCACAGGAUGGCAUCACGGACCCUCCUCAGCCGUGCAGUGCGCAAAUGCGCACUGACAGCAUCUGCAACAGAAGCUGAAAUAUGGAGGCAUGCAAUAAGGUGGUUUGCCCUUUCGGCGGACAGGAGUGGAGGGCGCCAGGAGAGACUGGCGCGUCAGCAGCAGGAGCAGCAACCACAACAGCUGCCACAGCACCCACCUGAUUUUGUUUAAGUGCAUGUUUUUUUUUCAUGUUGUGUUAAUAGC